CACAGGCACGUACAGACACGCAUACACACAGAUACAUGUACAUACACAGAAAUACACACGCACAGACACAUGUACAUGCACACAGACACAUGUACACACAGACACAUGAAUGUACAUACAUACAAACACACACACAUACAUGUACAUACACGCAGAUACAUGUACAGAUACACAGAUGUACAUACACACAGACAUAUGUAUAUGCAUAUACAGACACACACAAACACACACACACCACCCCCCCCCAUAAAACGUUGCAGUACUUCGUUGUUCAUUCACAGAGUCGGGUACUGCACUCUAGGGGGAGGCAGAGAGCACAGCACACACUCCUUCCUUUGCUUUCACUGCGCUCAGCUAUUGAG